GGAUUCUUGACCAAUCAGAAGCCGUUUUGCUGCGGGGUGGACAAAGCUUCUACGUAAGCACGCAGGAGGCGGCGUGAGAUGAAAAGAGAGGUAAACAGCUAACACUUGCUGUAAUAAAGUGAGUCAAACAUGGAUUCCCAGAAGGAUCUACAGCCGCCCAAGCAGCAGCCUAUGAUCUACAUAUGUGGAGAAUGUCAUACAGAAAAUGAAAUCAAGGCCCGUGAUCCGAUCCGAUGUAGAGAGUGCGGCUACAGAAUCAUGUACAAGAAGAGAACAAAGAGAUUGGUUGUUUUCGAUGCCAGAUGAAGACGAGUGCAGCAGUUCUGAUUGUUUUGGGUUUUUUUUUUUGCAUGUGCUAUUCUUGUAGUGCAUUACCAUGUAAAUAAAUAGGAUUGCAACUCUGUGUGCUCAGAUCUGGACCAGGUCGGGCCACAGAUUGCUGAAUUAGUGUCAGAAAUUGCCAUUUUUUAUGCAGAUGCUCUCAAUGGUGUUUUUUAUAUUUACCCAAGAGUGGUGGAUGAAAGUCAUGGUUUACUAUAAAGAAGCAUUUCACUGAA